AUGUCGUCCGACGCGUCGCGCCCCGCCAAACGCCGCAAUGGCGUGACAACCGCCACCGCCGCCACGACGCCGGCCGCAGCGGCCAACGGCGACCAGAAACCCGAUGAAGCAGAACGCCAUUGGCCGCUGUACUACCUCCCCAACCGCGAUAUCCCGCCCAUUACGCCCACCCCGCCGUCCGAUUGCCCGCUCGGCCGCCGCCGCCGCACAGAGAUCGUGUCGCGCCAGUACGACAUCGCGUCCGGCCAGCCGGUGUACCGUGUGCGUGUUAGGCGCUGCGUUCCGGGGGAGGAGAGGUCCAGAGAGGCGGGGGAUACAAACGGCGAUGGCGGGAAGAGAAGGAUGGGGUGGGAUGGCGGCGUGGACGGGCACGGCACGAACGGGGACAACGCGGAAGGGGGCAGAGAUGUCGCGGACGAUGAUGAUGAUGCGGAGGAGUACUCGGUCGGGCUCGCUGACAUCUUGGACUGGGUAUCGCCGGCGGAGCUGGAGCGCUUCGAGCUGGAAUGGGAGGAUGAUAUGGUCUUCAUCACGGACGAGGAUGGCGCCGUGUUGCUGGUUAGUAGGGAGGUGCAGCGGGCGAUGAUGGGGUGGCCUACUACUGGUGGUACUGAGCAAACACCAGCGGUGCCGAUUGCUCCGCAUGAAGCCGCCGUUGCGGAUGGGCCUCCUGAUGCGGCGGAAGCGGCGGCGGUCUCGACGCACACCGUGGGUCCUGGCAAGAUAAAGAAGACAAAGAAGAAGCCGACCAAGGAGUUUGUCGAUGGGCUACCGCCGGUCCGGAGAAGAGGCAGGCCGCCGAAGAAAAUGCUGAAGACGGCAGAGGUCAUGGGCGUGGUCGGAGGAGAGGACCGCGAAGAGGUAGAACCGGAGGUAGGGCCGGAGGUAGAAUUGGAAACCGUGGAGACGGGGUCAGAGACAGCAGAGUACGGGGCAUGGGUCAAUCCGGCAAAUGCGGAGAGGGAGAUCCGCGACGGCGAACACAGCAUCAUCUCACGCUCGACAAAGAAGGGCCACGCCCAGUGA